AUGUCCUUGCCGUUUGGCACCUCUGGCACCGAGCAUUCUCCGUUUUGGCACAGGAUCCCCACACAAGGUCCUCCGUCACGGCAACGGCACCAUGUCGAGACCCCGAGGCUGACGGGGCCGAUGACAAUCGCCGCUCCCAAGAACUUUGUCUCAGAUGCCCUCUUUCACAACUUCAAAACGCAUGCAUUAACGGGUCUGAAAACUGAAUCGAACUCGGAAUCGUAUUCGUAUUUCAAUGUCCAACGGACGCAGCGCCUGUCCGGGUCGCAUUUCUACCCGAUCCAGCUCACCAGUGGUGCCUCUGAUGAUCCCAAAUGCAGGACUACGAACUCUCACGCCGAGUAA